CCCGCCUCUCUCGGCGUCACGUCGCAGGGCUGUGCUGCGCAUGCCCAUCCGGUCAACAGCACGGAGCAGUGCCCAGCGCGAGCAAACUUACCCUGGCGCGAUGUCGGGAGCCCGGCCGCUCGCAGAGCCAGUCAGAAACAGUUUGAUAGAUGAUGCUAAGGUCCGUUUAAGAAAGCAUGAUGUUGGGACCAAAUAUUCUCACUUGUCAUCUGACAAAUAUUCCAUCCUCUUACCGUUGCUGGCAAAAGAAGGAAAACUCCAUCUGUUGUUCACCCUCCGGUCAGAGAAGCUAAGAAGGUCGCCUGGAGAAGUCUGCUUCCCUGGAGGCAAGUGUGAACCUACAGAUGCAGAUGACGUGGCCACGGCUCUCCGGGAAGCCCAGGAGGAAGUGGGGCUGCAUCCUCAUCAAGUGGAGGUUGUCUGCCGCCUAGUGCCAGUUGUGCUUGACGUAAGGGUUGGGGUGGAAAUGGGUUUCUUAGACUCUCAUGAGCUCCCAGUAGAUCCCCUGUCUUCAGGAAUCCACAUCUGGCCAAAUAAGACCCUUGGAAGUGCUACAGGUUCGCUGAUAACCCCAGUAGUAGGAUUUAUAGACCACAACUUCCAGGCCCAGCCUAAUCCCGACGAAGUUACAAAUGUGUUCCUGGUACCCGUGGAAUAUUUCCUGCAUCCACACGUCUACCACCAGAACCACCUGACACAUUCCGGUCAGCAAUUUCUGGUUCACUGCUUUGAGUACACAACCCCUGAGGAUGGUGUCACUUACCACAUCAGGGGAAUAACUGCAAAAUAUGCUGUGUUCAUUGCCUUAAUCAUUUUGGGGAAAAAACCCAUCUUUGAGGUUGAAUUUAAUCUCGAUGAUCUGAUGUCGUCCUCUGAAGAGUCCUUCCUGAGGCUUCAUAAACAAGCUCCAAACAAGUUAUGAUCUAUGCGACUAACACCCAGAUAGCCAAGAGAUUUUUGUGUGCUUAUCCACAGAAUGACAGUAUAUAAUGCCAGCUGUUGGAGUUUGACAGGUGUGAAUAUUCUUCCCGCAAUCUGAAGGUAGAAACAUUGCCUUUCUUCCAGUUGCCCUCUGUUUGAAAGGGCAAAAGUUUUUCAGAAGUGGAAAAAUAUGUUUUUAGUGUUGCAUAAUUUCACCCACAAGAUGUUAACAAUUAUUUUUCUUACGUGUGCAAGAAAAAGUAUCUGGAAUAUAGUAGGCACUUAAUAAAUAUUUGUUGGCAGUA